AUGGCCAUUUGCGGGUCCAGGCAGCGGGUAGUCGAUGGCCGCACCGGGGUUGACUGCCUGCCCCUCUUCCGGGCCUACACCCGUGCCCGCGAGCCCUUGGAGCAGGAACACGCGGUGUCCACGGGGAUUUUGGAGGCCUUCCACGAACGCUGGUCGUCGCGGGAGGUUGAGUGUUUUGUUGAGAAAGUGAGACAGAUGGCGAGACUUCUGCUCCUGGUUUUCUCCGUUACUCUCCUUGUUCCGUCGACCGCGGAUCCCAACUCCUCCGGCGUCCCUUUCCAGAGGAGCCUCAACCUCUCCAUGAAGAUCUUGCGGGACGUUCGAGACCUGCUGUCGACCUAUAAACAAGAGAGGAUGGGGAACGCCGCCUUCGAAGACCACAGCGUGGACUUGAGAAGUUUGCCCCGUUCCGGUAACGUCUACAGCCACUGGCUGCAGAUGCAGGACUUGGAGAGGCUGCUGCAGAACGCCGAGGACCUGCACAUCUUCUGGGUCCACGUGGACUUCAAGCGGGUGGACGAGGUGGGCGAGUGCCGGCAGUGUGCGGUGAGCAAGUCCCUGGAGAUCAUCUCGCUCGACCUCAGGGACCUCCUUGCACAGCUCAGCUCUCAGAUCGUGGGCCUAAAGAGCAGCCCGCCCGAGCCAAUGGGCUUCAGCCUUCCCAUCAGCUGCACCAUCACCCCCAACAAGUGGCUCAGCCAUCUGCAGGCCUACAUCAUCUUCAGGGACCUGGAGAUCUACCUGAACAAGGUGGUCCGAGACUUCAUCCUCCUCUCCGCCAAGUACCCGGGCUGAGUUGCAGCUCUCUCGGGGUGCGGCUAAACCCAUUGCUUGCCACCGUUUCAACGUACACUCCAGUACUGUGUUGAUGUUGCCCAUUGAGGCAAAAACAUUCUGUGUCUUCGGACAAUCAAAUGCUGCACUGAAUUAAUAAAUGUGUU